AAAUCCAUUUUGCACGCUUCCAUCAGUCUACCGGUUAAGAUAGAUAAUUAGACUAUAGACUCUAACGAUAGUCAAUAUUUACAUGACACAUCACAUACCUGAAAAAUGAGUUGUACAAUGAAUCAUUUGCAGCGUGUACUGACCUUGCGAAUGUACAUGAUUGUUGGAUUGUUCAUUGUACCAAUGAUUAUGGUAUUUUUGUACGGCAGAACAUAUUGUCAGUACGAGGCUCCGUAUGGGUUCGAGUCGAGUUUGGAACGUAGAAAUCCCGUGGCACCGCUUACGGUAGUUAAGGAUGAACCAGCCAAACCACCGGAAGUAAUGAAGAAGAAAAAGACAGUUUUGUAUUGGACAAAAAUGUUUUCGAGUAAAAAUUUUCGCUUAAGCGUACACGACGAAAAUCCUGACGUUUUCGCAAACUGUCCUGUCUGCUCUUGCAUGGGAACAAGCGACCGAAAUUAUCAGCCCGUCGAGGAAUUCGACGCUCUUCUAUUUCACGGUCCGGAAUUAAACGCCAGAGAUUUGCCAAAAACAAGGAGAGAUGGAGACAUUAUGCGGCCACACGCGAUCUUCAGGAAAAUUAGCACCAACGAGUUUAUACCCCCCGACAUUCCGGCACAGUGGUUGGACGUUUCCGGCGGCAACGUGUCCGAGUCUACGCGUCUCUUGUUCAAGAAGAAAUCGAAAAUGGCCGCAUGGUUCGUUUCUCAUUGUUCGACGAACAGCAAGCGAGAGAACAUCGUGAAGAAGUUGCAGAAAUAUGUGAAGGUAGACGUUUAUGGAACGUGUGGAACAUUGGAAUGCCCGAAAGCCAAAGGAGCCGAAUGUUACGAGCAAUUGGAACAAGGAUAUUUCUUCUACCUGUCAUUCGAGAACUCCUUGUGCCGUGAUUACGUCACGGAAAAAGUUUACCGGAUACUGGACUACGACGUGAUACCCGUCGUUUACGGUGCGACAGACUACGAAACUUUUCUCCCGCCGAAUUCCUACAUCAACAUCCUGGACUUUCCCUCGAUCGAGGCACUCGCCAAUUUCCUCACGGAACUGAGUCAGGACGAGGAGAGAUAUCUCAGCUACUUCAAGUGGAGAAGUUUUUACAAAAUGGUCACUGGGGAUCCCCAUAUUAUCGCUUGCGAGUUUUGCAAGAUGCUCCAUGAGCCAAAUAUGCCUAGACAGGUAAUUGCCGACAUAUACGAUUGGUGGGCUAAAGGAUCGCAGUGUGUCCCACCGCCUGUAAUCAACUAAUAAAGUCAUUGGUGAUAAUCAAAAAGAUGUUAUUGGUAUGUGAUAAGAUAAAAUAAGUAUAGAUGUAUACCAUGUAAUUGAAACAAAGAUCUAAUUUAGUGAUAUUAAUGUUCACCUCACGCGUACCAAAGUUAUAAUUAUAUCAUUUUUAUCAUUUAUAUUAAACUUGGACCUCACUGGAAUCAACGACGCGAAACAAGCUCAAGUUGUCGAGAUAAUAUUCAAAGGAGCAAGGCCCAGGUGUGUGGUCAAGUCUUGUAAGGUAAUUUAAAGACACAUAAAUUAAGAAAUUUAAUCUGGUGUAUUCAGUAAUACAUUACAGCCAAUAAGUGAUAAUUAACAAUCACCAUUCUCGUUUUCAACCUCCGAUCUGCUCGCGACCAAAUGAAUAAGUAGCAGUAAGGACGAAGAAAGCAGCCUCGUACAAGGUUGCGACGACAAUAAACCACGUUCUACGGAAGGAAACAAUAACUGUCUGCUUCAACUGGAUUCAUUCUGUACCGUAACGUCAUUUAUUUUUCCAUUCUCGUGCUCUUUUAUUGCUUUUUUGUUUUCCGUCAUUUAUUUCAGAUAUGUGUAUAAUA